UUUUAAUCAGAAGAUCUGUUGCAAACGCGUGGAUCGCUGCACCGGCAGCUGUAGUUCAUGUGCAUUUAAGGAGGUUAUCCCCUCGUAGCGAUAAGGGAUUUAUUGCAUUUAAUGCUCUUUACCUCUAUUUUUCGUCCAGUUGCUAGGACUUUCUUUAUCGUCGCCACCCCCGAAACAUUUAGAAGAGACCAACAUGCCUGGAAAAAAGGCUGCAAAGAGGCCCAGCCCAUCAGUGGAAGUCAAGCCCUCCAAGAAAGUAAAAGUGUCCCACGGCUCCCAUGGGAAGCAGGCGGGGCAGGUGCUGGUGCUGGGGCAGGGGGACGUUGGGCAGCUGGGGCUGGGCGAGGAUGUGAUGGAGAGGAAAAGGCCGGCGCUGGUCUCCCUGCCGGAGAGUGUAGUGCAGGCCGAAGCUGGAGGGAUGCACACGGUGUGUCUCAGCGACACUGGAAAUAUUUACACUUUUGGCUGCAACGACGAGGGGGCCCUGGGCCGGGACACGUCGGAGGAGGGCUCGGAGACGAGGCCGGGGAAGGUGGAGCUGCAGGAGAAGGUGGUGCAGGUGUCUGCAGGAGACAGCCAUUCAGCUGCUCUGACAGAGGACGGCACCGUCUACAUCUGGGGCUCCUUCAGGGACAACAAUGGAGUGAUUGGUCUGCUGGAGCCAAUGAAAAAAUGCACAUUGCCUGUCCAGAUUCCUAUUGAGGAGCCCGUCGUAAAGAUUGCAUCAGGUAAUGACCACCUGGUGAUGCUGACACUGAGUGGGGAGCUGUACAGCUCGGGCUGUGGCGAACAGGGCCAGCUGGGCAGGGUGCCUGAACGCUUCACCAACAGAGGAGGCAGGAAGGGAUUAAAGCGUCUCCUGGUGCCCCAGCGCGUCCUGGUCCGUGCCAGAGGCAAAGUUCACUUUAAGGAUGUGUUCUGCGGUGCAUACUUCACCUUCGCUGUGUCCAAAGAGGGACAUGUCUAUGGCUUCGGGCUCUCCAACUACCACCAGCUUGGGACACAAGGCACUAGCUCCUGCUUCUCUCCAGUCAAACUCACCGCCUUCAGGAACUCCACCACAUCCUGGGUGGCCUUCUCUGGGGGCCAGCAUCACACCAUCUGUCUUGAUUCUGAGGGGAAGGUGUACAGUCUGGGCCGGGCGGAGUACGGGCGCCUGGGCCUGGGGCAGGGGGCAGAGGAGAAGGCCGAGCCCACCCCUGUGCCGGAGAUGGUGGAUGUCCAGUCUGUGGCCUGUGGAGCAUCUGUCAGCUAUGCUGUCACCAUGCAAGGGUCUGUGUUUGCCUGGGGCAUGGGGACCAAUCUGCAGCUGGGCACCGGAGAGGAAGAUGAUGAGUGGAGCCCCGUGGAGAUGAUGGGGAAGCAGCUGGAGAACCGUGAAGUGUUGUCAGUGUCCAGUGGGGGGCAGCACACUGUCCUACUAGUGAAGGAAAAGCAGGAGAGCUGAUUUGCACCCAGUCCACGCAUAGAGAGAGCAAGGGGGAAAGACUUCUGCACUGACACUUCAGUGACCCUUGAGAGGGGAUAACCCUGUUACAGUCUUGCUCGGGUCAAUGGGAGCCAUAUCUUCUACUGGUGUUGGAUUGCUAGAACACGAUCAAAGAAAAUAUAUUUUUUUUAGCUUGAGUAUGUUCAUUUUUUUAAUUAUUUUAUAAAAAUUCUUUAGAAUGUUAUUCAGGGAUGUUGACGUACAGCUGUGUAAAAAAACAACCUUUUAGAAUCUUGCUAUAAACCUUUUAAACUUAAUUCAGAGGAAGCAAUAAAUACGGUGUUGAUAACCUUAACCCCAUGAUUAGCCUUUGUUAUGUAAAACAUGAUCUAAACUUAUUCAGUUCUAAUUAAAAUAAGAUGGGAAUGCAGGCUAUGCCUUUUGGCAUACAGCCAUUCCAAUUCACAGUUUUGUAACUAAUUGGUAUUUAGAAAGAUCAAUAUAGCAAUAAAGGUUAAAUACUCUGUAA